AUGUCUGCGAUUGGCCCCUUCGCGGACCCUGCACCGGGCUGCAAACCCGCAGCUGCUCCUGCCUUGACCGCCGAGCAACAAACCAAGUACGACCAGCUUCUCGCCGAUGUCCGGACCUGGGAGACGCUUCCCGCAACCUCCGCAAAGGGUGCUGAAGAGUCACCAAUUUCCGAUUAUGAGCGCAUGUGGCUCACUCGCGAGUGCCUCCUCCGAUACCUUCGUGCGACAAAGUGGAACCUCGCUCAAGCGACCCAGCGUCUGCGCUCGACAUUAGUAUGGCGUCGUGAGUACGGCACCGACCGCUUCACGGCCGAAUACAUCUCAGAAGAGAACGAAACGGGUAAGCAGGUCUUGCUUGGUUUCGACAAUGAAGGAAGGCCGUGCUUGUACCUGCUGCCACAGAACCAGAACACCAAGGAGACUCCCAAGCGGGUAGAGCACUUGGUCUACAUGCUGGAGCGCACCAUCGAUAUGCACCCGCCCGGUCAGGAGAGUCUGGCACUAUUGAUCGACUUCAGGAACACUGGAGCUGGCGGAACCCCUAGCUUGGGUGUCGCCAAACAAGUCCUCGACAUCUUGCAGAAUCACUACCCAGAGCGACUUGGCAGGGCAUUACUCACACACCUCCCAUGGUAUGUUAAUGCCUUCCUCAAGCUCGUCAACCCCUUCAUCGACCCCGUCACCAAGUCCAAGAUUAAGCCAAACGAGCCCCUACCCAACCAUGUGCCUGCAUCCCAGCUCAUGAAGGUCUCUGGCGGUGAAGUCGACUUCAAGUACGACCAUUCCGUCUAUUGGCCUGCGCUGGAGAAGCUUACCACUGAACGGAGACAACAAAGGAAAGAGCGAUGGGAGAAAGCUGGCAAGAUAAUUGGAGAGAGUGAAAUCUACCUCUGGGGAGGGGAUGAGCCCAGUCUUGCAAAUGGAACAGCCGUUGACACUGCAGUGGAUGCUACCCAUCCUACUACAGCAGUUGAGGGAGCCAACACUGCACCGAACGGGGCUGCGGAGCUUAUUGAUGGUGUUGACAAGUUGGACAUCAAAGAAGGCGAGCCGGUCAAGGCUGCUGCUUGA